GAAAUUUGGUAAACACAAAUGAAGAGAGCCCAUGUACAUAGCUGCAGAUAUUUACUCUACUGUACACAAAGUGCUUUACCUACGUCGUUUGUCGCGUAAGCUGUGUCUACACCCCCGAACCAUAAAAUCCUCAUCGCCAGUCGGAGAGUGUAUGAAUGAACUUGACUCUUACAGGCGAUACUUUAAUCAUUGUCAAUAUUAUUUCUGUGAUAAAACUGUUGAUUGUCUAUAUUUAUAUUUCAGAUUCAGCUAUCGUAGAUUACGAUUCAUAAAACGGAUGAAAAGUCGCUAACGCCGUCACUUUAUCUGGGAAUGGAGAGGGAUCAAGUCCGACGGAAAAGGAAAGGAACACAACUUAAGAAGAAAAUGCAACAACUCGAAAGUAAUAAGAAUAAUUCAAAUGGUGAUUUAUCUGGACAGAGGACAGAUGUGAAAGUGUUACUUGUGUAUGUGUAUGAUAGACCCGAUGGUUUCACACGUCUUCCAGUGACGUCAUCAGUGACCGGAAACUAUUCAGUGACAGUGAACUCCGAACAAUCUGGAUUAACGGAAAUAUUCAUAUACGGAAAAAGAACCUUGAAAAUAAUCAAAUGGGUGAACUCAAUUCUCCAGCUGGUCUCUGAGGAAAGAACUCGAUCCACCGACUGCAAUGCGGUCCCGUUGGACAUGAUUAAACAUCAUUUGAUGAUAUUCUUCAAAGAGCACAAAUAGAUAAUCAAGCACCUGCGAGUAUGAAUAACCAGCCAAAAAUCAUUUACGGGAACUCGUUAAGGUAAAAUGUCAGUUGAAACAAUAAGAGCAGUUUAGAGGCGUAUUAUUACUAGGACGGCACCAUUUACCCUUUAUGUUGAAAUUGUCUUCGACAUUUUAAUUAAAAAAAUAAACGAGUUUACGGUUCGAUAAACCAAAGUUUUUUUGAACAUUUUCCAAUUUGCAGAACUAAUAUAUAUGCAGGAAAGAUAGGUUUGUUAAUUUGAUAUCUGAGACAUCGAAGGUCAAUAUGCAUUUGUAAUUUACACCUGAAAUAAUCAACGUUUGAUUUUACAUGUAAAUUACUUUAUUGAAUUGUAUUGACAGCUCGUGUUUAACCUUUUCUGCCCACCUUCCCUUUUGUCGUCUCUACUCGCGAGAAAUGACUUUGUGAACAAUGGGUUGUUUUGUCCUGUAAUAUUGAAAACAAAUAUUGUUUAGAAAAAAUGUUUUUAGAUGAUAAAAUACAUCUCUAAGGAUAUUAUUACCUUGCAGUUUAUUGACAAAAGUGUAUGUAAGUGCCUGCUUAUCGA